AUGUACAAACUACUCGCACCGGCGCUUUUCGCCUCUAUGGUGGCAGCUCAUGGCCACGUCUCAAAUAUCGUGAUCAACGGGGUUUCUUUCGGUGGAUGGGAUAUAAACAGUUAUCCUUAUACAGACACCCCUCCAGUGGUAGUAGCGUGGGGAACACCAAACACUGGAAAUGGAUUUAUCGAGCCAGACGGAUAUACAACCUCGGACAUCAUCUGUCAUCUCAACGCCACCAACGCCAAAGGCCACGCAGUUGUAGCUGCCGGUGACCGAGUCUUUCUUCAAUGGACGGACUGGCCCUCUUCGCAUCAUGGACCUGUGAUUGACUAUCUCGCCAGCUGCGGCUCAAGUGGCUGCGAGUCUGUGGACAAGACAACGCUUGAGUUUUUCAAAAUUGAUGGCGUUGGGCUUGUCAAUGAUGCCACCGUUCCUGGAACAUGGGGCGACGAUCAGCUUAUAGCUCAAGGCUCAGCGUGGAUGGUCGAGAUCCCUCCCAACAUUGCACCAGGAAAUUAUGUCCUGCGACAUGAAUUAAUCGCACUUCACAGCGCAGGCACUGAGGGUGGAGCUCAAAAUUACCCGCAGUGCUUCAACCUCCAAGUGACCGGAUCGGGAUCGGAUGUACCAGCAGGUGUCUUGGGUACCAAAUUGUACAGCCCAACAGACCCUGGCAUCCUGGUCAACAUUUACACUUCCUUGUCAACCUAUGUUGUCCCCGGACCAACUCUUUAUAGUGGUGCCGUCUCUAUCACGCAAACUACUUCCGCAAUCACUGCUACGGGUACACCAAUUACGGGAUCGGGCGCUGCAGGUGCAACAAGUGGGGGAUCAGCAACUCCCACCUCGUUUGCCCAAACAACCUCCUCACUCUCUCAAGCUACCACGGCCCAAGCUACGACUUUGGUAACUGUUUCUAGCACAACUGUCAAAUCUUCUACUACUGAAGCGCCUACUACGACAGGGCCAGCCACUGGAGGGUCAACUCAAUCUGUCUAUGGGCAGUGCGGAGGAACCAACUGGACAGGGGCCACUGCAUGUGUAUCAGCAGCGGCAUGCUCUUCUAUGAACCCUUACUACUCUCAGUGUGUCCCAACAGCUGCAUAG